AUGCUCGGCAUCGCCGAAGCCAACCCCCCGCCCUACUACUCGUAUAAACUUGCAGACGCAUGGCCUUUCAACAUUCCGCUCUCGCUCCGUGUCUACGCUACGGAGGAUCCGGAACUCUCGUUUGCUGGGGCUCUCGAAAGGGGCCCUCAAGGCCUGGUUUGGGAUGUUGAUCGUGUGCGGUACAGCGAUGCCAAGGAAAACUAUCUAGCUAAGAAUAUAUCUAUGCGCGUCCCGGAGAGCGUCCGUCAGGCAAAUGGCACCUGGUACGCCCAUGUGUUUGUGACAAAGCAAGGGGUAUGGGACACGGAGGCGGUUAGCGAGAUGGAGGUUGCGGAGAGUGUGCUACAUGCGAGGUAUGAAUUUGUGAAAUGGGUCCAAGUCGAUUUGAAUAAGAAUAAGAAAAACCUUUUAGGAGGUGAAAGUAAUGAAAACGGAAAACAAGCGAGUGUGGAUCCAGCAAAGGGUGAAGGGGACGACAGUGGCGAUGGGGGCGACGCCGAUGUCACCUACCGCUUCGAUCAGGUAUGGAAACCCACAAUGCCAAUUCAUUUGGUCAUGGGUGGUCGUCCUCUCAUUCUCGGUCAGCUCCCGACAGCAGCGGCGAAGAAGUUUCGGGUCAACGAGGAGAAAAAGCUCUACUAUCCCCCCAUGCAUAUCAAUGAGUUUUGGAUGAUUCGUGAAUCUUUGCAUGCUAUGAACGAAUCUGUCAAGGAAGUCACCAUCGAAGUGUCCUUCUCCCCGAUCGGCAUGUUGAAGUGGACUAUGUUCAGGCAGUUUGAUUCCAUCUGGCAGAAGCAGAUUGACUUUGGCGCCAUGAGGCCGGACGAGCCCGACGAGCUAAAGCGGAUGUUUCUGGAGACGAAUCCCGUCUUGCUCGGGACUACAAUGAUGGUGUCGAUGGCACACUCAGUACUAGAGGUGCUGGCGUUCAAGAACGAUAUUUCUCACUGGAGGAACAUCAAGAGCAUGGAAGGUGUGUCCGUGAGAAGUAUGAUUUGGAAGAUUGUCAUGGAAGCAAUCGUGUUCUUAUAUCUAUGGGAUAAUGAGACAUCCUGGAUGAUUACUGUGGGGAACGGUGUUGGGCUAGUGAUCGCAAUCUGGAAGCUUCGCAAGGCUGUAAAAUUCGAAAACUUUGGGAAGAAGAAGCUGUUUGGAUUUAUCCCUUGGUUUGAAAUGACGAACCGGGAAAGCUACUCAAAGGAGACGAAGGAAUACGACGACCAGGCAAUGAAGUAUCUGGGCUACGCAUUAUACCCUCUAGUCCUGUUGUAUGCACUUUACUCUUUGCGCUAUGAUAAGCACAAGUCAUGGUACUCGUGGGUGAUCAACUCACUCGUCGGGGCCGUUUAUGCCUUCGGUUUUAUCAUGAUGUUUCCACAGAUUUUCAUCAACUACAAACUCAAGUCUGUUGCGCACAUGCCAAUGAAGGCGAUGAUGUACAAAACGCUAAACACUGUCAUCGAUGACUUGUUCUCUUUUAUCAUCAAAAUGCCGUGGCUGCACAGGUUGGCUUGCUUCCGCGACGAUAUAGUCUUUUUAGUAUUGCUGUACCAGCGCUGGAUUUAUCCAGUGGACAGCAAAAGGGUUAACGAGUUUGGACAACAGUUUGAGGAGGACGGCAACGAAAAAGUAGUCUCUGUAGAUGGAGAAAGCAACAGCGCCAGCAAUACUGGAGAAAUCGAGACUACCAAAGCAGGUGAUGAAGCCGAAGCUGAAGAAAAAGGCUCAAAUGAAAAGAAGAAUGACUGAGGGACUUGAAUACUACUGUACUUAACUAGAUGAAAUAUUUUGCUGACUACCCCGAUUUGCUUACUGACUCGUCCGCUUUUUUGCGUCUUUAUUAGUUUUUGUCGGCGAGGAUGACUCGAACCUGUCAAAACUGCCAUGCCCACUGUUUCGAUGACUACUGUGUUGUACAGGUAUCCAUGGAUAGUGCAUGUGUCUUGCUAGUCUCUAUCCGACCAAGCGAUAUCAAAACAUAAAAAUCUGCGAUUUUAUUUCUUUUC